CACGGGGGGAAUGUCUGAAGACGAAAUUAAAAACAAAAGCCUCCUAAGAGCCAAGCACCAAUAGCAGCGCAGAGGACGGGGCUUCCCGCUCCGUCGUGCGCCCGGGGACAGUAUUUAGGAGCGGAGCCCGUCCAGGAGAGGAGACCACAGGUGCACCAGGCAUGACCGGGCCAGCCUCCUCCAACACGCUCAGAGGGAAGGAAAGAAACCAGUGGCAAGUUAAACUGCGUCUGAAACGCACAACCGGACAUUCAAAUGAGACAAUGAGAGGUUCUGUAGGACAGAGGAGACACUGCCCCUUCACGGGACAAAACGAUGCUCACCAUGUGUCAUACAAACGCUUCAGGAGGCGGAUUAUCCAGAGAGGCAGCAGGGAGGGUCCUGCAGCAAGUACACCUCUAACCACUGGGGGGAAGUAUGAGCCAGGCUUUGAGUUUGAUACAAUCUGUCAGAGACUGGAGCUGGACUCUCCACCAAGACACCAUGAACCAGCUCAAAGAGUCCUGCGGGGAAACAUCCGAGAGACAGUGUUGGCAAGAAGUGUGUCCCACUGUAGGGCUGUCACACCACCCAAUACACCACACACCAUCGCUGCCAGGGGAAGGGCUGCCGCAGAAAAUGCUCCAGAACAGGGAUGGGUGUGGAGAGCUGCAGUUCAAGAACAAGGCAAUGCACAACAGGCUGGCUUUGCAAGUCUGCAGCCGUUUGCUGUUCUGGAAAAAGCAACUGUGAGUCUGCCAGGAAAGUCGGUGAUGAAGAUGGGGGCACCGUCACUGCUGAACGACUACUACACUAAUCUUCUCGACUGCAGUUGUAAUGGUAUGAUUGCAUUAGCUCUGGGCUCUUCUGUUUACCUUUGGAAUUCAGAAACUCGUGCUUUGGUGGGAUAUUUGAACCCGAGUCUGCAACCAGGACAACCUCAUCAUCAAAUGCAGUCCAUCUCAUCUCUGUGCUGGAGCAGAGAUGGCAGAGUUCUCAGCACUGGGUCCAGGCGAGGGGAGAUACAGUUGUGGGAUGUUGAACGAAAGCAGAAUAUGAUGUGUCUGCCUUCACACCUGUCUGUGGUUAGAGCAUUUUCCUGGAAACAGCAGUUACUCAGCAGUGGCUGUAUGCUCGGACAUAUACAUCACUCCGAUCCUCGGGCUCCCAUGCCUCUGGUAGGUGCAGUCAUCCAGAAAGAGGGGAUCUGCAGCCUCCAGUGGUCACCAGGAGACAACUGGCUGGCCAGCGGCUCCACAGACGGCCUCCUCCAUAUAUGGGACAGUGACUUUGCAGUGCUCACGGGGUCACAUCAGCCAAUCACUACAAUGAAACAGCCCGGCGCCAUUAAGGCAAUGGGAUGGUGUCCAUGGCAGAGAAAGACGAUUGCCACAGGAGGCGGAUGGACAGAUGGAAAGCUGAGAAUCUGGGACGCACAAUCAGGGACUUGUUUGACUUCUACUAACACAAACUCACAGAUCUGUUCUCUACAAUGGGCUGAAAAGAAGAGGUAUCUGGUCACAGGUCACGGCCCUCCUCACCACCAAAUCAGGAUGUGGGAGUUUCCGUCCCUCAGCCUGAAGGACCAGCUCAUAGGCCAUUCACAUCGAGUUCUGCACUUGGCCUUAAACCCUGACAGUACUCAAAUUUUCUCUGCUGGAGCAGACCAGCGCUUUCACAUCUGGGACCUUUAAUUAUCACCAUCACUCAAUGUGGAUAGUGAAUGCUGCAGGCAUCUGGUCAGACCUGUGAGAAACCACAUUCACUUCCUUGGUAAUACCACUGUGUAGAGCCUGCACAUUUCCUUUUUCUCACUUUGAAUUGAUCACCGAGUCAAGCCAUCUUACCACCAAGUCAAAUCAGAAAUCAAAAGUCCAAACCAAUUGUCAAAACAACAAUGCACCACAAUGUGGAUGUUACUUUGUUUAAGACAGAGCACAUUGUUAAGGUCACAAAAUGCGCUCUGUCAUAUCAGGGCCUUAGGAAAUAUAGUAAAAAUAAAAGUUUUGUUUCUAUAGGACUGUACUUACCAGCACUGAGAGACUGCAUAAAAAGACAAUAACACCAUAAAACAACAGCAUAAAGCGACAUAGUAUCUGGUGGUAACAUGACAGAUGUAUGAUACAUAAAAAACAUAUAAAGGUCAAACAGGAAGGCUAGUCAGUAAAAAUGUGUUUUGAGGCAUGUUUUAACAUCUGAGACAGUGCCAGUAGACCAAAUACAAUGUGGACAGUUUUUAAGAUGAGGUGCCAGUACAACAGUGGAUUAUCUCUUGACUUUAGCUUGAAUUUCAGCAGCCAUUUGGGUCAGUAAGCAGUGAAAAAUGUACUCAUGUACAUCAGUGUCUGUCCCAGAUAAGGUUUGUAUAUUAUAAGGAUUUUAAAAGAAACUCCAGUUCCAGUGCAAAGAAGCCAGACUCUGUCAUUUGGCAUUUAGCAAGAGCUCACAUUGAAAUACUUCUCCCAUGAAAUUAUCUUUUUUUUUUUUUACUCUAAGUGUAUUUAUGUAACUUCUGCUUCAGGUAACUUCCUAAUUUGUGUUACCCAGUAAACAUGUUAUA